AUGGGUGAUAGCAAUGACGAGAUUAGCUUGACUGAUGUUGUCGUGGCUCAGCCCGCCGCCAUUGAUCAAAAUGAAUUAAUUAUGCAGUUGAUGCAACAGAUCACCGAGAUGAGGGUCGAAAUGCAGAGAAUGCAAGAUCUGCAUAAUCCGGUUUUUGCUUUUAAUACUCCAGGAGAUGGGAGACCUCCACUCUACUUUCCUCCUUCGAACGCGGAACAGGCUCAGAACCCUCCCCACAAUCCCGCUCAAAAUCCCUCAACCAUCGACCCAACCACCCCAAAUCCCCAUCAGGCCUCCGUCUCUUACCAAACGCCACCUCCUCCUCAAGUCACUCAAAAUACCCAGAGUCCCUCCAUUGCUCCGCCAUUGCCUCAAAAGACUACUUUUCAAAUCCCAAUUCCAAAUGAACCCUAUGCCAACUGUUCCGAGCUUGAUCACUAUGAGGAACAAGAGAGAAAGUGGAGGUCAAAGGAAGAGGCAGCCAAGUUGAAUAUGAAAGAAGAGAUCAGGAAAGCCAUGAAUGAGUUGCAUUGUGUUCCUGAAGUCGAUGGUUUGAGCUAUGAGGAUCUGUGCAUUCAUUCGAAUCUGGACCUCCCGAAAGGGUUUAAAGUGCCAAAAUUUGACACUUCCGGAGGAACAGGGAAUCCAUUAGCGCACCUGAGAGCCUACUGUGACCAACUCGUAGGAGUUGGCAAGAAUGAAGCCUUGUUAAUGCGACUCUUUGGCCGAAGUUUGAAUGGAGAAGCCUUGGAAUGGUUUACUUCCCACGAGAUAAAGCAGUGGUCUAGCUGGAAUGCACUAGCUAAAAAUUUUGUCGAACGAUUCGCCUACAAUGUGGAGAUCGUUCCUGAUCGAUAUUCUCUAGAGAGAAUUAAGCGAAAAUCCCCUGAAAGCUAUCGUGAAUAUGCGUAUAGGUGGAGGAAAGAGGCCGCCCGGGUUCGACCUCCUAUGUCUGAGAAAGAGAUCAUUGAAGUGUCCAUACACAUUCAAGAGCCAGAGUAUUAUGACAGGAUAAUGUUGCUUAUUGGAGCAAAAUUUGUGGAGAUAGUCAAGGUAGUUGAGGCUAUCGAAGAUGGGAUUAAAACUGGAAAGAUUUCUCGCGUUGCCGCCCUAAUCGAAUCUUCAAGACUGUUGAAAAAGAAGAGAGAGGAUAUGUCUUAUAUUUCCUACGCAUCUGAUGGAAAAGGACACUUCAGAAAAUCCUCACCUUACAAAGGUCAUCCUCGAGCUCCAAAAAAUUCAUAUCCAGCUUGUUAUACCCAAUCAGCUCCAUCUCCACAUUACCAAAAUACCCAUCCAUAUUACCAAGCUCCAUCAGUUAAUUAUUCAAAUAUCCAAUCACGUUAUCAAAUUCCACCCCCGUACUACCAAAAUACCCCUCCUAGCUACCGAGCUCCACAAUACCCAAAUUUCCAAACGCAAGUACCAACUCACCAAAAUCCUCCAAACUACUGUCAAGUACCUUCACAUCCAGGAAAUAAUUACAAUCCUCCUCGUGAGAAGAAACCUUCUAGAGUCUUUACUCCUUUGGUUGAGAGCCGAACACAACUUUUUGAGAGAUUGAAAUCGGCUGGCCUGAUACAAACAAUUGAUCUAAAAAAUAUCAAUGUCAACUCCAAGCUUUAUAGACCCGAUCUUCACUGUGCUUACCAUUCAGGAGGUGCUGGGCAUAUUACUGAGGAUUGUAUCAACUUGAAGCAUAAAAUUCAAGACUUGAUAGAUCAAAAGGUUGCCACUCUUCAGACUGCCACUCCUAGUGUCAAUAGUAACCCCAUGCCGAAUCAUGGAGGGGUAACUAUUAAUAUGGUUAAAGUCGAAGAAGAUUUGAAUGUGAAUAAAGUUAUAAUCUCAGCCAACCUUGAAAAGCUUGAGAAAGUUGUAGCCUCUCCAACCUAA